AUGUCGGUCGUGGGCAUAGACCUGGGCUUCCAGAGCUGCUACGUCGCGGUGGCCAGCGCCAGCGGCAUCGAGACCAUCGCUCAUGAGUAUAGCGACCACUGCACCCCGGCUUGCAUUUCUUUUGGUCCUAAGAAUCGUUCAAUUGAAGCAGCAGCUAAAAGUCAGGUAAUUUCCAAUGCAAAGAACACAGUCCAGGAAUUUAAAAGAUUCCAUGACCGAGCAUUCUCUGAUCCGUUUGUGGAGGCAGAAAAAUCUGACCUUGCAUAUGAUAUUGUACAAUUGCCCACUGGAUUAACGGGCAUAAAGGUGACAUAUAUGGAGGAAGAAUGAAAUUUUACCACUGAGCAAGUGACUGCCAUGCUUUUGUCUAAACUGAAGGAGACG